AAAAAGCAAAAAGAGUUUGAAAACAAGAAAGCAAAAGGAAAGGACAAGAAAAACAAGAAAAAUACAGGUGAAAGUUCCUCCUCGUCCACUCCAAACUCUUCAGAUGAUGAAUCUCUCUCUGAAGAGGAACUGGACAAGCUAAAAGAACAGGUAGAAGAAAAGAAAAAACUCAUAUCUAUCAUACGAAACAAACCCUGGCGCAUGGCAAAGAAAUUAACUGUGCUAAGGGAGGCUCAAGAUUUUGUAGAAAAAUUUGAAGGUGCUUUGGGAAAGGGAAAAGGAAAAAAGUUGUAUGCAUAUAAGAUGAUGUUGACAAAGAAAUGGGUAAAGUUUAAGAGAGAUUUUGAUAAUUUUAAGACACAAUGUAUACCUUGGGAAAUGAAGAUAAAAGAAGUUGAAAGUCAUUUUGGUUCUUCGGUGGCAUCUUAUUUCAUAUUUCUGCGAUGGAUGUAUGGCCUAAACCUGGUUCUGUUUGGCUUAAUAUUUGGACUAGUUAUAAUUCCAGAAAUUUUAAUGGGCAUGCCAUAUGGAAGUAUACCUAGAAAAAUUGUUCCCAGGGCUGAACAACCCACUGCUAUGGAUUUCUCUGUUCUUUGGGAUUUUGAGGGUUAUAUUAAACAUUCAGCCAUUUUCUAUGGCUACUACAACAAUCAAAGAACAAUUGGUUGGUUAAAGUACAGGCUACCAAUGGCAUAUUUCAUGGUUGGUGUCAUCGGCGUGUAUGGUUAUAGCCUGAUGGUUGUAAUAAGAUCGAUGGCCCGGAAUGCCCAUGAAGACACAGGGGAUGGAGAUGAUGAGAACUUCAUUUUUAGCUGGAAAAUGUUCACUAGCUGGGACUACCUUAUAGGCAAUCCAGAGACAGCAGAUAACAAAUUUGCAUCCAUCACAACUAGCUUCAAGGAGUCAAUUGUGGAUGAGCAAGAAAGCAACAAAGAUGAAAACAUCCAUCUAAGAAGAUUUCUGAGGGUUCUGGCCAAUGUACUUAUAAUAUGUUGCUUAUGUGGAAGCGGCUACCUCAUUUAUUUUGUUGUGAAACGAUCCCAGGCCUUUUCAAAAAUGCAAAACAUUGGCUGGUAUGAAAGAAACGAAGUUGAAAUUGUUAUGUCACUACUUGGAAUGUUUUGCCCUCCACUGUUUGAAACUAUUGCAGCCUUAGAAGAUUAUCAUCCUCGCAUUGGGCUGAAAUGGCAACUGGGACGCAUCUUUGCACUUUUCCUGGGGAAUCUGUAUACUUUCUUACUGGCCUUAAUGGAUGACGUCAAGGAAAAGCUGACUGAAGAAGGUGUGAUCAGGAACAUAACGCAUUGGACUAUCCUAACCUUCCAUAACUCAACUUCAAGGAAUGGAAGUGCUCUUAUUCCACCGCCAAUGGAUCCAGCUGAUGUACCUCGAGGACCUUGCUGGGAAACAACUGUGGGAAUAGAAUUUGUGAGGCUUACAGUAUCUGAUAUUCUUGUGACAUUUGUAACGAUCCUAGUGGGAGAUUUUCUUCGGGCUUGUUUUGUCAGAUUCGUAAACUACUGCUGGUGCUGGGAUCUCGAGGCUGGAUUUCCUUCAUAUGGAGAGUUUGAUAUUAGUGGUAAUGUGCUAGGUUUGGUCUUCAAUCAAGGAAUGAUCUGGAUGGGAUCCUUUUAUGCUCCAGGACUUGUGGGGAUCAACGUAUUACGUUUAUUAAUCUCCAUGUAUUUCCAGACCUGGGCUGUUAUGAGCAGCAAUGUUCCCCAUGAACGAGUGUUCAAAGCUUCUAAAUCCAAUAAUUUUUACAUGGGACUCUUACUGUUGAUUUUGUUCCUUAGUGUGUUACCAGUUGCAUAUACCAUAAUGUCUCUGCCUCCUUCCUUUGACUGUGGACCAUUCAGUGAAAAAAAGAAAAUGUAUGAUGUCAUCCAAGAAACCAUCAAAUACGAUUUCCCACCUGUUGUGGCUAAAGUCUUAGGUUAUUUGGCAAAUCCAGGACUAAUUAUAACCGGAGUUUUGCUUAUGAUUCUUGCCAUAUAUUACCUGAAUUCUGUGGCUGAAGGAUACAAACAUGCCAAUGCAGAGCUGAAAAAGAAAAUGCAAAUGCAACGGGAAGAUGAUAAAAAUAAGAAUAAGAUUUCUGCCAAUUCUGCAAUACAAGAACUAGAAGACUUGCUUGUUCCAUAUGCAAAAAACAUGGAAGGACCCAAUGCAGCUAAAGAUAAGCCUGUGUCACCAAGCUAUAAAAACCAUUCUGCAGAGAAAGAGACAAAUUUAAGUCCUGCAAAAGGAGUCCUGUUGUCAUCCUCACCUUCUGUGAUAAUGACCCAACCACUUAGUCCAAGAAGAGGUGUGCCUUUCUCUAAUCAACUAAAACCAGGAUCUUAUCCAAGGCGACCUUAUCCAGGAAUUGGAGGAAGGGAACCUAGUAACAAUGGCAUAGAAAUAGCAAUGGUAUCUACUAGAUCAUGAGCAUAAUGGUACUUAAUGAACUUGGUUGUUUUACAAAAUUGUCCCAGUGUUAGAAAUUUAAGAGCUUCAACUAUCUUGGAAGGGUGAUGAAAAGUUCCUAUUCAGGGAUGAAAUGUUUUUGCCAAACUCCAAAGCUCACUGGUUUCUUCUUAUAUACUUUCAUUUAUUUCUAUCUGGCACACAAAUAGUUUACCUAGGCUUUAAGACAAUAUCUAGUUAGAGAUGGCAGCUGGAGAGGGAUAUAUCCAGACUUAGCAGUGCCUGCAAGACUCCGUGUAUCUAAAAUCUAGAAUCAUAACUAUAAAACUGUUUUAAAAGUAAAUAAGAAACAAAAGUGUAAAGAUUAAUUACACUUAAUUAUGGUAUCAGCCAAACUACUGAAAUCCAUACCAGCAGCUUAAUGCAGAUAAAACUACCAAUCUUUCAGUUAAUGAUUCUAAAAUUAACAGAGUAGUUUGAUUUAUGUACUUCAAAAUGUUACCAUUAUAAUAGGAAUAGCUGGCCUUUGAAAACUCUUUGACUUCCCUGUUGGCGUCUUUUAGGUGGCAUCUUCUCCUGACACCACUUCCCCAGGCUGUUAGGCACCACCCUGGCUCCCACAUAGAGCUCCCUCAGUUGCGAUCCCAUCCUAGCAUGGCAAUCAGGAGGUACAUGGCUUGUCUUUUCUCCCUUCCUAAUGAGAUCUGGCAGGUGGAUCCAAGGCCUGCCAGUUGACUCCAUCUCUGGUAAUCAAGUUUCUAGCAAUGUUUGAAAGCUCUCUUUUAUGUCUGUUCUACAGAAAAGCUUUCCAUAUAUUUACAGCUUACAUAUAUUUACAGUUCUUGUUAAUGUGGAAAAUACAUUAUACACAUUAGAAUUUUAAAUAAAAUUUUGUAAAAUCA